AAUGCUAUAUUUUUCUGAACCCCGCUACUUACUCUUUAAUGGAAAGUAGGGCCUGGUGUAAUUCAAGAGGGAUUUACUAAGCAAAAAACCUGUCUAUGACAGAUCACAAACCCAGUAACAAUCUGGAAUUAUGUACACUGAAAUAUAUUGUUUAUAUUUCAGCGUGUUCAAAUAUAUUGGCAAUACAUUUGAACACGCUGAAAUUUGGUUUCAGGCCACUGCAUGGCACACAAGGGGACUUGGGGUUUGAUACUGCAAAGUUGCCUCAAACUAGGUUGUGGAGCUAGUUUUUAAUCUUCCUGAAAAAGUGUCUUUGUGUUUCUUUAGCUUUAAAGACAUCUCCUAUAUCCUGGAAUAUUUUAAUAAUAAAAAAAAAAAAAAUCUAAAAAGAAGUGGUCUAUGGUCUGAAUAAUGUUUUUUAAUGAAAAACAGUGUUUCUUUAAUAAUACUGUUCCCUUCUAUUGGCAAAAUAAUAAAAAAAUUCUGACGCUGCAACCCUAAAGCAACCUUUACUUGCUUAGUUGACCUUGUUUAGUUGAGUUUUGCUUUAUCAACAGUGUGCUCUGUAUACGGGACAAUUGCUAUAUAUUUUUUUCAAGUGCGAUACAUCACAUUUAAAAGAGGAAGCCCCCUCGCUCUCUCUCUCUCUCUCUCUCUCUCUCUCUCUCUCUCUCUCUCUCUCUCUCUCUCUCGCUCUCUCUCUCUCUCUCACUGGAAGGGGUGCGAGUUUCACUGCAAUACAACAUGGUACAAAGUCUGCUUUCAGAGGGCUUUCUUCCCUGUGGAUUAAUGAUAUGUCUGUUGGGAUUACACACAGGCCCGUCGGUCGGAGGGGUAGUGUCAGUUUAUCAGCCUCGGGAAGUGGUGACAUCACUAAGUGGAGAUACAGUGACUCUUUCCUGUAACUUCUCUGUGCCGGGUGCAGUGGCAGACCCCUCGGUGAAGUGUGCAGUGCAAUGGUCCAGGGCUGGGGUCAGGAGAGGCCCAGGCCUUCUGGACUCAGACCAGGCCAUCCUCAAUCUCAGACCCCCUCGUCUCUCUCUCGCUUUCCCUGAGCCUUCACUUGCUUACGGGGACGCCUCAUUGGUCAUAACUAACGUUGGCCUGGAGGAUGCUGGGAUAUACUACUGCAGUGUGACUGUGUUUCAGAGAGGAACUGCUACAGCGAAUGGCACAUCACUGUUGGUCUAUGCCCCUCCCUCAACCCCGAAAGUUUUCCUCAAGAUUUCUCCUGCACCCACUCAGGAGAGCUGGAGUCUGGUGUGCAGUACGAGAGGUUUCCAUCCUGCUGAGAUCAACGUGUCCUGGAUCAGGGAGUCUAGCCCUCAGAGCCCGGUCUACAAUCAACCCUCUGAGAGGAUGGAUCAAACCACAGUGAGCAACCUGGUCUCCGAGUCUUUGGUCCUGUACGAGGAGAGCAGUCAGGGCUGGCAUCUCCUCAGUCACCUCCCAGUUGAUCCCAGAACCAGCUCUGGAGAUGUCUACACCUGCACUGUGCAGCAUGUCUCUCUGAGACAGCCACUGACUGCAAGCUUCCACUGGGAUGAGUUUGAGAAAAUAUUUCCUCUGCAGCUGAUCGGAUGCUUAAACGUGGUCAAAAUCAUUCUUUUGUGUGGACUGGCCUUGCUGUUCACUGUGGCAGGUGUCCACCAGUGCAGACCAUAGCAAGAGGGAAGGACAGAGGUGAUGGAGACAUGAAACCAAGGGCCAGCUUCUCUGCAAGCAAAAUGUAUGCUUUUUUUUAAUAGACCAGAAGUGUAAUGGGAUACAUGCCUAUUCCUGUCAGCUUCUUGAGUUCAGGGAUAAAUAUAAGCAGUUACUUACCCAGAGUUCCACACAUUGACGCUAGGGGUGAGAAACACGUAUGAGCUUGUCUGGACCCAAGCAGGGUACAGGCCCAAACAUAAACAAACGGGUAACACUUUACAGGAAGUGUCUCUAAUCACUGUGUAUUUACAUAGUAGAUACUUAGUAAAUACACGUGCACUUACACAUAAUUACAAUGUUGUUAUGCAUAGUUUCAGUGUACUUAAUGUGGAACUUUUUUGCAAUGAUAUAACCCUAACCCUAACCCUAGCUCUAAACCUUACCCUAACCCCACAAAUCCUAACUCUAAACCUAACCCUUUUCUGAUACAAAUGUGUACGUAUAUUGUGCAAUAUUUACACAUUAAGUACUAUGCAUAAAAACACUGCAAUUAUGUGAAAGUACACAUGCAUGUACUAAGUAAAUACUAUGGGUAAUUUUAUGAAGUCAUGAAAAGUAUGUCAUGGACAAUGCUUGUGACUUUUGAAUUCAAUAGGAAUUUCAUUUGAAAUCAGUAGGAAAUCGUGUGUUAGUUGCAUUGGAGUUACAGACACUUAUUUUAAAGUGUUACCAUACCAUGUAAAUAUGCAGCAGUUAGAGGCACUUGAUGUAAAGUGAUACAGGAUGAACCCUGUCUUCUGUUUGUGCAGAGGUAUUAUAAGUUCUGCUUAGUGAAGUGUAUGAGCUACAGUACUUUUCUUAAGGUUCUCUAAUUUUAUAUUACAGUUUAAUUGCAGUAGGGGGCAGUGUGCUGCUUUAUAAUGUUCCUGUGGUUAUGAAUGUUCAUAAAGUGCUCUUGGAUAUUUGUGUGUGUGUUCAUUUAUUGACUUUUAAUUCUGAAUAAGCUCCAUGAAACCUAAUGUCUCAUUUGCAAGGGAUCCUUAGAGGUUACAGACACUCAUAAAUAAUAAUGCAUCUUGAAUACUGACAUGGACAAACACUUUUAAUACAAAAUACAAUUCUCU